UGCAACAAAAAUCAACAAACAGUGAAUCGUGAAAGAUCUUUAAAUAAUUUCAAUUACAUAAAAGUGAAAUUAAUUACAUAAUAAUAAAUAAUUAGAAAAAGUGUAUGUACCAUCUGAUUCGUAAAAAGAGUGAAUAAUUCAACCAAUUUUUAGUGAAACAAAGUGUAAGUGUAAACAAAAAUAUCCGCAUUAAAAAUUAGUGAAACCAUAAAAGUACAAGUGUGAAAAAUGUGUGAAAGAAAUAAAGUUCAAGUGUGAAGAUAGUGACAGAAGUAGAUGUGGCGUGCGUGGGGCUGUAGAGGCCCACGGGUCAAUGGUACCACUGGCGGUGUUUCUGGCACUUGCUUCCAUAAUCGGCACAACCGCACCAGCUGAUCAUGGCCGCAAUCUGAGCCCUGACCACGAGCACGGGACCAAUACUAGGCUAGCACACUUACUGUAUAGUAAACACGCCAUGACACAUUAUAGAAAAAAGCGGGACACGUCAGACGACCCGCGAUGCGCGCCGUUCAUGUAUGAGCCCGGCAAGCGGGCGCUGACCAACCCCAUGAAUCCCGAGGACCAGGGCAAGCCGAGCGACAAACUAACAUACUCGAACCAUACCACGUGCAUUACUACUAUAGAUGCCGGCGGUGGUGGACAAGUGAUAGUCCUGUCAUUCGUCGACAAAUUUCAUAUGGAAGAUCGUCCGCCAAAGUGCGAAUAUGACUUUUUAGAGAUAAGAGAUGGCAAAUUCGGCUACGCGCUGCCGGCGUACAAGUUUUGUGGGAACAGCUUCCCCCCCACCAUCACCUCCGCCGGCCCCUACCUGUGGCUCAAGUUUCAGUCUGAUGAUAGCAUAGAAUACUCCGGCUUCAAGAUCAAUAUAGAGUUCCAGCCGAAUAGCAUGAGUCGUGAGCUUCCCCCACUAUCACCUCCCCCCUACCUGUGGCUCAAGUUCCAGUCUGAUGAUAGCAUAGAAUACUCCGGCUUCAAGAUCAAUAUCGAGAUCCAGCCGAAUAGCAUGAGUCGAGAAAUACCCGAAUCGUGUAUAAUAAGUAAGAAAGAUGACAAGUUUGGCUGGAUAGCGUCCGAGGACGAUGACGCGGACGCUUGCCGUAAGGAGAGUCCAACCACUCUGGACAUUCAGUGGAGGAUCGAGACUCCCGCCAACACGAGGAUCUAUUUAAACUUCACUGAAUACAAGUUGUCUUUUCCCAAUGAGUGUGAGGAUAAUUUGGUGCAAGUGUUUGGUGCGGAACCUAAUUUUGACCACAAGUUAGCGUUCUACUGCGGUUCCGUAGCUAACCCAGUGACCACAAAGGUGGAAGACGACGGUCUGGGCCCCAGCAACGUCAUGUACGUCAGGAUGUUCGCCACCAACAAGGCCAAGGCGUCACAUUUCCAGGCCCAUUUCACCUCUUUUCGGACUCUGAAGGGGGACGAGUCCUGUGACGCAACGGAGCUGGACUGCCAGGAUGGUACGUGCAUCGACUCAAGUCUAGCUUGCAACGGCAUCGCGGACUGCAGGCUCAAGUCGGACGAAGACCCUGAGAGCUGCAAGGAAGCGGCGCAGUCCCUGGUGAAGGAGCCCCACAUCCUGGUGAUCCUGGUGAUCUUCUCCCUGAUCCUGUCCGGCAUGAGCCUGGUGUUCCUCUUCAAGUGCAUCCGGAAGCUGCACCAGGAUCACAAGUACAUUAAGGAGCACCUAGCGAAAUCCUGCGAAGACCGACUAGACAAGCUAGCAGAGACCCAACUGACCCUGGACCCCAACCUCUUGGACCCUGAGCCCCGAGCCAGCCUGGAGCGCGAGAACCAUACCAACGAGAUGUACAAGAAACAGAGAAACAAGCGGAAAUCAAGCAGCAUCGAAUCCGAUUUUCUCCACCGCGACACCUCCCUGGACCACCACCACGACUGGCCUGAGAGCGUCCCCGUCCCAGCCGAGGACAUCAGGAUAGAGUACAAGGGGAGACCGAGACGGAGCGAUACGAGCAAGAAAGAAGAAUCACUGAGGAGUAAAGGUUCCAAGGAGGAAGCAAGGAAAGAAAUCAGAGACGCAUCGGUAGGAGCUCCUGAUACCAAGGAGUCUGGAUGUCAGACGAGAGAAAGCUUGUUCCAAGUGGAUACCGCUCCCAGUUCUGAUGGAACAAACUCGUCGAACAGCCGUGGGUUCUCAACGUUCGGGUACUCGGGCGCCACCAUCGUCCGGCCUUCACCUGCACCCGUUAAUACCUCGGAGAUAACUAUAGAACUGCUGAGGCAGGUCACCCCGCAGGAGUCUAUCAAACAAAAGAAAUUCGACCGUCGUCCCAUGAGCUCGGAGACCACCCGCUCGGCCCCUGAUGUCAUCAUCGUCUCGAAGCCGAUUCGCUGAGGGCGACCCUCGGGGCCCGCGCCCUGGGCCCCGACCCCGCCCCCCUCCUGGCUCCUGCCCCCGAGGCACCGCCCCGAGGGCUCCUUCUACACGAAAAGCGUAUCAUUUGAAGACUACGACGGCUAUUACAGUCAGUAUUUCGACGAAGGACCAAAGAUGAUCUAUGACUAUUGUUUAAAGAGUGACUUUUAUAAGAAAUCUAAGACCCUGCCGAGGAAUCUCGGGUCGUCUGUAGAUAAAGUGUAUCCGCAGAGGUGUUUCUGUGAGACGGACUAUAGGAAGAGGAUGGUGGUUAAAGUUGACGUGGAGCCGAAUAGAUAGCAUUCGAUGAGAUUCUAGACUUAGAAUAUUAAAGCCUAGACUAAAGCAUACCUUAGUGGAGCUAAAAAUAUGACUAUUAGUCAGACCAAGCUCUUUGCAGUGACUUUUAAUAUUUGAGUGUGGAAA